AUACCCUUUGUCGACUCCCAUGAACCCAAAUGCACCCAAACCAAAAGCCUGAAGCCUAAUCGAGUGGCUUUCACGUGCAAUAGAGCUUUUGUUUUCAAUCUCAUCAUCAUUCAUGGCGGGGCAUGACAGUGUGAAAGUCCUUGCACUAAAGAAACGGAUGCUCUAGUCCAACUCAGACAAAGUCUCUCAGACCCAUCUAACGUCCUUUCUUCUUGGAACGACAAAGAUUGUUGCCAAUGGACCGGAGUGACGUGCGACCAAGUAAAUGGACAUGUUGUCAUGCUCCAGAUCACACCAGGAGGUGAAUUCUGGUCGCCACAAAUUUCUUCCAUAGCGAAUGAUCUGAAUGAUUCUUUGCUCAACUUGAGAUACUUAAGCCACCUAGACUUGAGCGGGAUCUAUUUUUACUACGCGCACAUGCCCAAAUUCAUCGGCUCGAUGAAGCAAUUGAGGUACCUUAACUUGUCCAACUCUUUCUAUGUUGCAACUGUUCCUCAUGAAUGGGGAAAUCUCACUAAGUUGGAAGUCCUCGAUCUUCAUUGCGAAUAUUGCUCGGUUGUUCUUGACGACAUUAUGUGGGUUUCGCAUCUUCAAGCAUUAAAGUACCUCGACACGAGUGGUCUAAAAGCUACCAACUCUUCUAGAGAUCUCAUGCAGGUGAUCACUAGACUCCCAUCUUUAUCACAUUUGAGCCUAUCGGCUUGUGGGCUUCACAAUCUUUACCUGCCUUCUGAUCACUUGGCCAAUUGUACUUCUCUUGGUCUUCAAUACCUCGAUCUUUCAAAAAAUAAUUUCGAAGGUCCCAUCCCAAGUACUGUAUUUCAAAACAUGACUUUUCUUCAGCACCUUGAUCUUUCAUCAAAUUUUUUCAACUCUUCAGUAUCAAGGUGGUUGUACUCUUUCUUGAGGAACAACCAGUUCCUCGAGUCAUUAUCCUUGGGCCAUAACGAACUCCAUGAGGAGAUAUUUUCAGUCGAGGGAAAUUCUUCGGGGCUUAUUGGGAAAAACUUGGAGCUACUGGAGAUAAGCAAUAAUUUACUUCGAGGAGCUUUGCCAGAUUGGCUGUUUAACUUGAAAAACCUGAUAAUGCUUGACCUAUCACAUAAUCAGUUACAUGGAGCCAUCCCGUCAUCGUAUGGUUGGUUAUGCUUGGAAGCACUUAUUCUUUCUUAUAACCAAUUAACAGGGGAUAUUCCAGAGGCAUUAGGAAGAUUGCAAGUCUUAGUAGUUUUAGAUCUCAGUAACAAUCUUCUGAAUGGCACUAUUCCACACAGUCUCGGACAACUUCAACAUCUUUACUGGUUAAUUCUUUCAGCAAACUCCUUGAGAGGAACAAUUUCUGAAAUCCACUUCUCCAACCUCUCGAAGCUAUCGUAUUUAGAUAUCAGUAACAAUCAUUUAGCUUUCGAGGUGGAUUCCGACUGGAUACCACCCUUCAAUCUCACGUUCAUUGGGAUGACGUCUUGCGAGUUCGCAAUGGAAUUUCCACGAUGGAUAAGAACUCAAGUCAGAGCAAUAGACAUAGCUUUGUCCAAUAACUCCAUCAGAGGAGCUCUCCCAGAUUGGCUAGGUCUCAUGUCACUCUCCAAGCUGAAUCUCUCCUAUAACCAAAUAAAUGGAUCUCUGCUAAAAUUUUCCUCUAACCUAUAUUCAUUAGAUCUCUCCCACAACUUAAUCUCAGGACCUAUUGCACAAGAUAUUGGCCCAGCACUACCACAGUUGGAAUUAUUGUAUCUGAAUGAUAAUCUCUUAAGUGGUCCAAUACCGACCUCAUUAUGCGAGAUCAAAUAUCUAUAUGCGUUGCACCUUGGAAGGAACGAAUUAGUUGGUGAAAUUCCUGCAUGUUGGAAGGACAGCCCUUGCAUACACCUUGAUUUAUCAUCCAAUAAGUUGUCUGGAGUCAUACCGAGUUCUUUGGGAAAUCUAAUCUCGCUUAGGUCAUUACACUUGAACAACAACAGACUCCAUGGAGGAAUUCCUGUGACCAUGAACUAUUGUAGGAACUUGCUGGUUUUGGAUCUUGGAGAAAACAAAAUCUCAGGAAGUGUUCCUCAUUGGAUUGGACCAACUUUUACAUUACUACAGAUUCUUAGACUGCGAGAAAACAUGUUUAAUGGUAGUAUUCCUUCGCAGCUAUGCUUACUCUCCGCACUGCAAAUAUUGGACCUAGCGGUGAACAAUCUGACAGGAAUGAUUCCAGAGUGUCUUGGCUAUAUGAAAGGUAUGAAACUGAACAACAGCCUAGAUGAAGGCAACUCACUCUCCCCUGCUUCUGCGGCUGCACCUCCCAUGCUUGGGCCAAUAGCGUCCGUCGCUCCACCAGACUGGACUCAAGAGCAUGUGGAGCAGGUCGUGAAGGGGAUCGACCUUGACUACACCACACUUGAUCUACAGCUUAUGGUCAAUUUGGAUCUCUCAAGCAACAAAUUGAAUGGACCGAUCCCUGGAGAGCUUACCUUGCUUUCUGGAUUGCGAGGCUUGAACUUGUCGCGUAACUUUCUUUCUGGAGGCAUCCCGACUAUGAUUGGAGAUAUGAAAUCACUUGAGUCACUUGAUCUUUCGAACAAUCACCUAUCAGGAACAAUCCCGCAAAGCUUUUCUGCAUUCACAUCACUGAGCAAACUUAACUUGUCUCACAACAACUUCACUGGGCCAAUUCCGAGAGGAAAUCAAAUCCAGACCCUUGAUGAUCCCUCCAUUUAUGUAGACAAUCCUCUACUUUGUGGCAAUCCUCUACAAAAGAAAUGCCCCGGUGCAGAGGCUCCUCAAGCGCCAGAAGAAGAUGCCGAUGAAGAAGGUAAGCUUGAAAAGGUGAUAUUCUACCUCGUCAUAAUGUUCGGGUUUGCAAUCGGGUUUUGGGGAGUUGUUGGCAGUUUGGUUUACAAGAAGAAUUGGAGACGCGCAUACUUCGACUAUGUGGACCGUAAAACAGACAUGGUGUACAUGAUUGUUGCAGUGAAGGUAGCCGAGUUGAGGAGGAGACUGAGAAGAGCGUAACAAGCCUGUUCUCCACAUCAAUCAGUUCAACACUUCAUUGAUCUCGUGCAGUUCUUACUUUCUCAUUCAAGCAUAAUCGUCUUAGUAGUUGGCGUGUUCCUCCUUAUGACUAGUAGCCAAUUUUAUGUUUUCUUUAAUUUCAAGCUUGUCCGAGCAGGCCGUCAACGGAACGGCAUGCGAAGUGCAAAUCAGUAUCAUUUUGUAAUUUAGUGUUGCUCAGCAAUCUAGCAGUACUUUGUGUUAUUAUAAUCAUGAUGUUUUGCUUGUCAAUGAUGUGAAA